AACGAAAUCUUCCUUCUCAAGAGUCGGAAAUUGACGGAAUUUGUCGGAGACACGAAGCCGAAAUAAUCAAGGCAUUUUCUGCUAAUUUUGCUUGAUUAAUGAAGUGCAACGAGUGUUUUAAAAAUUCUGGAAAAUUUGUUUAAGUAAUUCCAUUUUUAAAAUAAAAUUGAUCGUCUGAAUUCGGCGUUUUCAGCAGUUUGCAAAUGUAAGAACAACUCUCUUCGAAAACUUCGGCAUCAUCGAAAUCGUCAAAAUGACACAGGAAGGUUAAGGUAUAAUGCGCAAAACGAACUUCGCCGCAAAAUUCGUGUAUGGUUCACUAAGAUGCAGAAUUUCUGAGGAUCGCUUCUCAGUCAUCAAUAUCAAACAAAAUGAGUGAUGUCGUUUCAAAGCAAGUGUCGAGGUCUCAAGAUCGUUCCAAUACGAGAGUGAGAAAGCGGAAAAAUUCGAGUGCGUCGAGCGCCAGUGACUCAGGUCUUUCCCCAAAACGUCGAAACGCCUGCAGCAAAGACAAAAGGAAUACUAAAUCCAGGCGUCGCAGCAGCUCUUCCGGCAGUUCCAGUUCUUCCUCGUCGACGAGUCGAAAUUCCACGGGACGUAAGCAACUCAAGGCGAAGGCAAGUAGCAAUAUGUCGCAAAAAUACUCUCAUUCAUCGAGGGAUCGUCGGAAUGGCGGCGGAGUUCAGAUCCCGGGUGGCGGUCGAGACACCUACAUCAGGGAGCAACGCUCGUACAGUCAGCGCGAGUCGAGAUACAAAGUCGAAAGAUAUGAUAGAACCUUUUCAAAUCGCUUGUACGGCGAAAACCAGGGAGGUGGUGGAGGUGGAGGAGGAGGAGGAAUGAGAGGCAUGAAUUACAGACAAAGAGGAGGCAACGUGAAUCGAAAUUAUCGCAACUUUGAUGAUCGUCGUAUGCGUGGCGGCCGAGACAUGAACAAUCGGAAUUACAACAACUUUAAUCGGCCCCAGCAGGGCAGAAUGAAUCAGGGUAUGAAUUAUGAGUAUCGGCGUCGUGGCGCCUAUCAGCAGCGAAAUAAUGAGCCUUUUGUCCGAGACCGUUACACGCAGAGGCAACGAUUUGAUAAAGAGCGACCGGCUCAGGAUUACAAUAAUUCGUCGUACAAGGCGGAGGAAUCGAGGCAAUAUGAGACAUCGUCGCGAGCAGAUCAUCAUCAUUCGCACGCGAUUGAAUCGAGAGACAAGCCGAAGGCGGUGACGAGUCUCGAGGAGUCGUCGUCGUCGCGUCCCUCCGAGGAGACACUGCAAAAGAAGAAAAGAUCGCGCUCCUCGUCGUCCUCGUCGAGUUCGAGCACGGAGAGUAGCAGCGACAGCGAGGAGUCGAGCUCGAGUGAGUCGAGCUCGAGUUCCGAGGACGAGAAGAAGCGCAAGAAGCGGAAGAAGAUGGCGAAGAAGCUGAAGAAGGCGGAGAAGAAGCGCAAGAAGAAGAAGCUGAAGAAGAAGCUGAAAAAGAUGAAGACGAAGAAGGAGAAGCCGGUGAAGGAUAAGAAAAAGGUGGGGAAAUUGCUUGAGGAUGGGACAACCGCUGUUGUCGAGCAGCCGGUUGUUGCUGAGAAAGCAAAGGCCAUGGCACCAAUGACCAAAGAGCAGUGGGAGAAAAAGCAGAGUGUUGUGCGCAAGGUCUAUGACAAGGAAACUGGACGGCAAAGAUUAAUCAAGGGCGACGGCGAAGUUAUUGAGGAGAUAGUGAGCAGAGAUCGCCACAAGGAAAUUAAUCGACAGGCGACAAGGGGCGACGGUGAAUUUUUUCAGUCUCAGUUGAGAGUCAAUCAGUGAUAUUUUAAUAACCAGAUUAAUUUUUUUUAACGCCAUUCUCUGUGCAGAAUCGGAUUAAUACUAAUGAAGAACCUAUGUUUACUGUCCAAAUUGUUAUUUUAUUAUACAGUCCAUCACAUUACAUUAAACGAACGCAACCGUUUUUACAAUAAACUUGGCAAAUUGGUGUUAUUUGGUCUCAUUGGAGUCUAUCUAGGCGAUCAAGUACCAAUACUUUGAACGCGUAUUUCAAAAAUGAAAAAAAAAAAACAAAAAAGAAAGAAAAAAAAUAUAUAUAAAAAAAGAUAAACAA